AUGGCAGGUUACAUAAGGACAGGCUCCAUCUUUCUGGCCCAGACUCAGGACCGGCUGAUCUCCCUGAAGCGCAUCAACUCCAGGCUCAAUAUUAUGGGCAUCCCUUCUGAGAUCAUCUCUCUCAAGAAAGUGGCCGAACUGCACCCUCUCCUCAAUGUGCACGACCUUGUGGGGGCCAUGCACGUCCCUGAGGAUGCGGUGGUGUCCUCCGCCGAUGUGGCUCUCGCCCUGGCAAGUGCUGCCUCCCAAAAUGGUGUUCAGAUCUAUGACCGGACAAGCGUUGUUCAUGUGAUGGUCAAAAAAGGUCAAGUUACUGGUGUGGAGACAGAUAAAGGACAGAUCGAAUGCCAGUAUUUUGUCAACUGUGCUGGUCAGAGCCCCUGUUGAGCUCCCUCCUGCGUAGGAUGCCAGAAUUGGAGAUGCUGGAGAUCGUGAAGUUGGUGAAUUGCCCUGAGACCUUCACGCCAGACAUGAGAUGCAUCAUGGGCGAGUCUCC